GGGGCAUCUCCGCCUCUGCAGAAAAGCGAGCUGAAGCGGCUCCGGAAAGCAGAGCUAAAAGAGCAGAAGAGGCUGCACGCCAAGGAGCAGAGGCAGCAGAAGAAGAAGGCCCAAAAGCAGCGCAAGCAGGAGCUGCGACAGGAGCAUCUGGAGUCGAUGAGCGCAGCGGAGCGAGCGGAGUUCCUGGAGAAGGAGCGCGAGGCCGGAAGAGAGAGGAAGGCGGCCAUAGAAGCGACGCUGGACUAUUCUUUCCACCAUGGUCGUCCUCGCAUCGUCAUCAACUGCAGCUUCAGUGACACGAUGGACGUGCGGGAGCUCACAUCCUUAGCCAAGCAGGUGCAGCUGUCCUACACGCAAGCACGUGAUUCGAACUCCAAAGCGCAGCUGCACAUCACCUCGCUCCAUUCGCAGAACCCUGUGAUUCAGUCCCUUGAGAAGCAGGGCAUGAAGAGCUGGAAGCUGCACCUCCACGAGGAAUCUGUUUGGGAUGUCUUCGCGACCGAAGCCAGGGAGGGCCGCCUUGUCGUCUUGACGCCGGAUGCAGAGGAGGAGUUGCUGGAGGUGCUGGAGGAGGAGGUGUACGUGGUCGGUGGUAUCGUCGAUCGCUCCGUGAAGAAGAUGCAGAGUCGCUCGCAAGCCGUCGACCAGGGUGCCACGAAGCUCCGCAAGCUGCCCCUGAAGCGCUUUGGCCCAUCUGGCUGCUGCCCGGUGUUGAACAUUGACUGCGUG